GGUACACCUGCACACACACACACACACACACACACACACACACACAAACAGAGGAAUGAGAUGUGGAGUGUUGCUAUGAAAGAGGCGGAUUUACAUGAAGGACAGAGCAGCAGAGACAACUGGAGUGGAGGAGGGGGAGUCACACUCAUUGGGACAAGAACAUGACUUGAAGAUGAGCUGUCCUCAGGCUGAGUUAGAGGAGGAAUGUCCUCCACCAGAGGAAUUAGAGUGUAAGAUCUGUUACCAACGCUACAAUGUCAACAAUCGCAAGCCUAAGAUCCUGGACUGCCUGCACCGGGUCUGCGCCCGCUGCCUCAUUAAGAUCCUGGACAUUGCAGAUGGAGCAGGUUUCAUCUCCUGCCCCUUUUGCCGACACCAAACUGAAAUCACAGAGUACGAGGUGUCAGCCCUCCCUGAUGAUGCUAUCAUCAUGUCCCAUUUGGCAAUGCGGGACAAAUCCUGGAGUUCCGACCACAACAAGGAGGUGGUCCUGACUCCGACGAGUUUCUCUUCCUCCAGCCCAUCUCAUGACUCCUCCAACUGCCUGGUCAUCACUAUAAUGGAAGUGCAGAGGGACUCACAGCACUCCCCAAGCAGAAAUGGCAGCUCCGAUGUCUAUGCUGAGCAGAGCCUGGACUCAGUAUCGAUGGGCUCCAAUGGGCUGGCUGAUCAGGACGCCCUGUCCAAGUUCUGUAAUCAUGUCCCACGCAUCCUGGUCUGGCUGCUGGGUUUCUUGUACUUUGGCUCACUGCCUCUAGGAAUCUACUUGCUGGUGAUUCAGAGAGUAACACUGGGCAUUGUAUGUGUGAGCUUGGUGCCGUCAAGCCUGACAGUUUGCCUGGUCUAUGGGUUCUGCCAGUGUCUGUGCCAGGGCAUGUGUGACUGCUCCUCCAGGGGCUGAUAGGAUGCUAUCAGAGGACUGGUAGUGCAAGGAUGGGAUAAAGUCAGCCACAGUAAACAGGUAUUUGAUUUGAUUUGUGAAAAGAAAUGGUGUCAAAAGGUAAAGAGGGUGACCUCUCCUAUAAAGACUUUGCAAGCCUACCAGUCAGUUAUCUUCAUGCAAAUAAUGGGGCUAGUUAAGAGACCUUUAGUAUUGGUCCAGGCUUUUGUUAGGCCAACUGCUGCAACUCAGAGACCAGUCUGGCCCAACAGAAACAGAGCCUCUGACAAGAUGUGUCAGGUGGAGCAGCGCCUGAACCUACAAUUCUGUGAUGUAUUUCUGUAUCCUUUAUCUGUUCUGUGUUGUGUGUAUGACCUAGUCCAUUAAUCUGUGACUUGCAUAAGGACAGCACUGAUAGAGUCCUGGGCCCUCAUUUAUCAACACUGUGUACCCAACAAAAAUCUUGCAUGCAGUCAUCUAUUUUUUUUUGUUUUGUUAUUCUGAGGAUGAUAAGUUAAUUAACAAUUGCAUUUAAGCAUGAUUGUUUGAUUUUCUCUAUUUUCGUGUCAUGCACAUGAAGUGCCCAACCCUCCUGGAUUUACAAGACAUCAAAAGUUCAGGUGCAGUGGUCAAACAUCUCAUAACAUAAUUACAGGUUAUUUUACAGCUCAGUCCUCUACAAAAUAUUCUACCCGCUUUCCAAAGUUUGGCAAAUAAAAUCUGCAGCAAAAACGGUUUCAUUUCUGAAGCACAAGUCAAGUUUUACAGUGAUCCAGCCAAAGUAAAUUAAUAUAAAUGGAUGUCAUUUUACUGAAAGCACACCCCUUAUGUCCUGGUAAACAGGACGGUAAAACAAAAAAUUGAACCUCAUUGAGAGUCUCACCUAGCUUACACAUGAAUAGAUAAUUGCAAGUUCCCAAUAACAAAAAGGGCGUAAAAUCAUAUUGUAGGCAAUAUGAACACAAGUUAAACUUUAAGGCACCUUUGGGCAGAUUGACAGUAGAAAUACAAUACAAAAUACAUAUUAUGCAAAUAUGUCUUUUUUUCAUUUACCUUUCAUUUUUAGUUAGUGUCCAUCAUGUCUAGCCUGCAUUCAAGGUAGUGUUACCAAAUAUUUCUUCUCUCUGUUUAAGCUACAGGUAACUCAAAGUUGGAUAUAUCUCAAUCAUGAUACUGGUCUUGCCAUGAGCUCCUAGAAAUGCAUUGAGGAAAAGCAUUGGUGCGCUGAUAUCUAUGGGCUGAAAAGUUUCAGUCUGUUGAACCUGUUGAUGUAAGACUGUUGUAACAUCUUUACAUCCUGGUAGAAACACUGCUCUUCCAGGGCAAUGUGACUAACAAAGAGUGUCCAUUGGCAGGAUUUUUCAGCAUAAAAGUUCAAAGUGCUCCAGGUAAGAAAGACAAAGGAUAUUGACAUGUAAUGCACAGACAAGGCAAGGCAAGGACUAAAUACCCAAUUAACUGUAAACUGGCAGUAAUAUUUUAUUUACCUAUUUUACUGUCACAGCAGUGUCUUUGAGAACACAUGUGAUGAGGCUGUUGUUGUUGCAUAUUGAAUGUGUCCAUCUCCAUCUCUAUCUUAUUCUCUGCCUCAAAUAUAAACAACACUCAAGAGUUUUUGCGUUGAUUGGAUUUUUUAUUUUUAUUUUUUUGAUUUGGUUCAAAUAAGGCAUAAACCAGACUCAGAUCUCAGGUUCUUUGAUACUCUUUUAAUGUUAAGCAACAAACUUUCCAUUCAGUUCCUUGUUGGGUUGAACAUAGCAAGGCUGCUCUGUUGUAUAUGUGGUACUGCUUGUAAAAGGCUCAUUUGGCUUGGUAUACAGUUUAUGUCUAUGGGAGUCCUCUGUUACCUUCAUGCUGUAAGUCACCAUAUUGAAGCAAUGUGGAUUUGAUGUUGUGUGGCGCCUCGAGAUUGUGUGCAUUAUUUAUGUGGCAUCUUGAUUUUUAUUUGCAUGUAAGAGAAACUUUCCCCUACAUGUACUAUCAUGGCAUAUGGACUCCUGAAAGAAAGGUCACAAUAAACUAUGGUGUAAUUUUAAUGUAAUUUCACAUGCAUGUGGAGGAAAAAUGCUAUUUUUAGUCAAGUCUACUCAAGCUUUAAGUUCCCCUGUGAGUAUUACAAAGUAGUCUCCUCUGUGACUAAAACAUACAUUUUGUAAGUGAAGCCUGUUGUUCACGAGCAUGGUGGUGUAGAAAUUGUGAGGUUUAUAAAUUCACAUUACUUUAGGGGGUGCUUGGGGCAGUUAUGCAUAUUUGACAAUUACCAACUUUCUUGUAGUCACAAGCAUUCUACAUUUUACUCAUAGGAGUCAAUUUAUAACCUUUUGUGUACAAUGUUGAUAACCGAGGGCCCUGGGAUGAUGACUCUUAGAUAUAUUAAAUGAUAAACUUCAGGUGAUGCUAUUUCUCAUCAAAAUGGAUAUGUAGCAUUUUGUGAAGGGGGGGGUGAUUUCAUGCUAACCUGUUCCUCUAUAAUGUAAGUCCUGUUUAUUCUAAAUGAACUGAUAAAUGGUAAAUGGACUGUUUGUUCUCUGAUGUUGGGGUUCUAUAUUCUUUUUACCUUUCCUUCGUCACCGUCCUUCUACCGCUAUUUCUAUACCAUCUCUGUUUUCCUGUGUUUUCCUGUGUUUCUCUCAAUGAUCUACUGACUGCAGCUCUCAGCUUAGUGUCACACUACUGAUUACAGAAGCUACAAUGAAAUAAAUGUAAAAUUAUUUUC